AUGAGCAUGACCAUCAACCGACAGGUUAUGAACCCAAACAGGGCCAUGCCUCGCACCCGUGGGUCAUCGGCACGUACAAGUGGUGAUGACAGCUCUGGCCACGAAUCUGACUCGGCGGAUACCAACUCAGACACCACUGGCACUCGGAAGACGAACCGUCCCCCAGACGAGGACCAAUCGCACUCGCUCUCGAGUGACGACAGCUUGAGCAACAGCUCGCGGGACUCGGACAGCACGAGCUCCAACUCGUCCGGCUCGGACGGUGGGCGGGAGAAGAAGCGUAUGCGCUCCAGCAAGAAGAAGAAGAAGAAGAAGAAGAAGAAGAAGAGCAACAAGCACAACUAUGACCGCCGGUCGGCCCAGCACAACUCGAAGUCCCUAUGCUCACAGGAGUCGACGACUAUGAACUAUGGUGCACGAUGA